GUAUAUGGGUGCGCAAUAAAUUAGGUUGGCCUAGCCCGUUGAAUUGAGAGGUGUGAUUUGAUCUGAGUUGUUAGCUGAGUUUGUUGGUGGAAAAGGAGAGGAAAGAUGUUAUCACUGGGAACUUCAAAGGGGAUUCUAGAGAUCGUCAAGUUUGGGGUUUACGUUACUGUACCCAUCGUUCUUAUGUACGUUUAUGUCAGCAAUACCGACAACACCCUCCACAAGUUCAUCGAAAAAAAGUCAUACGUUGAAUAUCCCAAGGAUACACAAAAGCCACCACCGCCAGAGGAGCUUAGAGAGAUGGCGAGGGAGAUAGCUCGCAAAAGGAACAACCCCUGAUGCUUCUUGUGGGUUGGCAAUAGUAAUAGUAAACGUUUGUAAUGGACACCGUGUGAACUACGAAUAUUUGCUUCUUUCAAUUGUUUCUGUUGUUUUAUUAUGAAAUUUUCUGCAAUGAAAGGAACAUAUUGUUAUUAAGUAAAUGAGUCAACGUUUGCAAUUUCA